ACUUCGUCCUACGCUUGCUUCGUUUUUAAGAACUCUACCAAAGGGAAUUAUUACUCCCAUAUCACGUAGUUAUGCAUUAUUAUCCGUUCUUCUUUCACCUUCUAUUCCACCUUCUAUUCCACCUUCUCCUGCCCCUUGAAACGGAGGAUGGGAAAGAAAGGAUGCACCAUAAAAGUAGAGCGUUCAGACCCGACCGCAGCUCACAAGACUGUUGGCCAACGAUCGAGGUUGUUGUGCAUUUUUUUUCUCUGUUUACUCGAGUUCACGAUAGCCAGGAGCAACAGUUUGUUAGUGCUUUCGUCUUUAGACGUUUCUUAACUUUCAUGUUAACAAAUUUGACUCGAAUUGUUUUUCCCAGUGACCUAAAUCGUCGGCUUUCUCAUUUUCGUCUGGUGGCAGAGAAAGUCUGAACGUGUUGUUUUCGUUUUGUUGGUCAGUCCAAGUGGAUGAUCAGAGCAGGGAAAAAAAAGAGAAAAGAGAGCUAUAGAGUGAAAGAAUGCUGAUGGGCUUCCGCCACUACUGGACGACGUCUUUGCCAAAACAGGCGUCCACCACCGUCGCAACCACCCCAGAAAGACAACCCGUGCCAGGAUCCUGCUGCUGCUGCACUUUGAGCAGCAGGGAGAAGCCGCCAUAGAGAAGAGCCUGGAAAGGAAGAAGCGCAACGCACGCUACCGAUAGAUCGGCCAACUUUUUCUAUCCCGUACAUCCAACCUCAUCAUCAAUUUUGUUCAUUCGUUCCUGUUUGGUUUUUUAAAUCUACAUUUUAAACGCGUUUGUGCGGCGGCCCGCUCACGUUCUCAUCGGCAUUCAGGUCCGGGAAUUAAAAGCAAGCCCUCCAUAGUUCCAAGUUUUUUUUCUUCUAGUCAUUCCAGCCAGGUGGUUAUGGCAUCGACCAGCCCUUUGGCAACUCACUCACCAGAUGAUAAAAGAAUGCAUUCGUCGGGUGGUGUUGUUGGAGCCACGGUGCCUCCAACCUUGCUACGACCUGGUGAUCCCCGUUGGGUUGAACAGUCGUUUAGCAAACGGGAUUGUUGUCGUUUUGUUACCAGUACAAAAGAAACUUCACAAUGCGCCUGCGGUCAAACAUGGGCCUACCACAAAACGCACGGUGUCGAAAGUGUCGGCGAGCCAGGCGAAGUUUGGGCUCCGACCUUCCACACAGUCAGCAGUCCAACGGAUGCUUACGGCACCAUCGACUUUCUAGGUGGACCCCACCCUAACAAAGCGCAGUUUAUUCGGUUGGGGUUUGAUUCACGACCCGACCUUAUCCUUCAACUUUUGACUCGCGAAUGGGGACUCGAAUUGCCUAAACUUAUCAUUUCUGUUCAUGGCGGAAAAGCGAAUUUCGAACUCAACCCACGUCUCAAACGCGUGCUUCGCAAAGGACUCCUUCGGGCUGCCAAAACUACUGGUGCUUGGAUUUUGACAGGAGGUACUAGUACAGGAGUUACUCGUCACGUUGGCGAUGCCUUGAUAUCGGAACGAUCCCCUCGUCUCCGAGGGGGAAGGGUAGUCAGCAUCGGCAUCGCUCCUUGGGGUGUGGUGGAGAACCGUGUUUCGUUGAUCGGUCGCAAGAAGGAUGUCGCCUACCAAUCAAUCGACCAUCCUCGUUCUAAAUUUGCUGCCCUCAACAAUCGACACGCUUACUUCCUAUUGGCGGAUAACGGAACUGUCGGUCGAUACGGAGCGGAAAUUGCACUGCGGCGGAAGCUGGAAAAAUACAUUUCCAGUCAACGGCUGCUGGCUCGCACUAACUGCUCUAUUCCUGUAGUUUGUUUGGUCAUCGAAGGAGGCAUGCACACCAUUAGAACAGUUCUGGAAUACGUGACGGAUUCGCCGCCCGUUCCAGUCGUUGUAGUCGAAGGCUCAGGCCGUGCAGCUGAUUUAAUAGCUUUCGCGCACAAAUAUGCAUCGGAAACGGGCGAAUCAUCGACGGUAUUGGACGGAAUGCGGGAACAGCUACUGGCCGCCAUCCAGCGGACCUUUCAUAUUCACCAGUCUCAAGCGGAUAAGCUGCUGGCUGAACUUUUGCAAUGCGUCAAGAAGAAAAAUCUGAUAACCAUUUUUCGGCCAUCGGACAGCGCAGCCACUGCGGACAUCACGGGUGACGGCCACGAGCUGGAUCACGCUAUUUUGAGUGCCCUUUUCCGCGCCCGGCACUUGUCGGCAGCCGAGCAACUUUGCCUAGCGCUCGCAUGGAACCGAGUCGAUAUCGCCCGCUCCGAGAUCUUCGUUUACGGACAAGAAUGGACGGAAGGAGCUCUAGAGGAAGCCAUGAUGGAAGCCCUGGUGAAAAAUCGUGUUGACUUUGUUAAAUUACUUUUAGAGACGGGUGUGCAAAUGGCCAGAUUUUUAACCAUUGCCCGGCUAGAGGAGCUCUACAACUCUAAGCAAGGGCCUGCCAAUACGCUGAGGUAUAUUGUUCGCGACGUCCGGCCGUACAUGCCACGCAACUACUCCUACACUCUGAUCGACAUUGGUUUGGUCAUCAACAAGUUGAUGGGUGGUGCUUACCGGUCUUCCUACACCCGGCGAAAAUUUCGUCACAAUUACACGAUCUUGAUGAAGAAACCGACGCCGGUAGUCCAGAGUGCCUUAGCACGAGUUUACAGUAAUCACGUUCUGCGCAACGGGGGCAACAAUCAGAGCACACUCGACGAUAGCCAGUGCCAUGUAGAGACAUCUUUUAAUUUAUUUUCUCAACAGCCGUUCAACGAACUUCUCAUCUGGUCUGUCCUCACCAAACGCCAAGCCAUGGCCAAAUUGAUGUGGCACCAUGGUGAGGAGGCCCUUGCUAAAGCGCUGGUGGCCAGCAAACUGUAUCGAGCCAUGGCCAGCGAAGCGGCUGACGACGAUUUGGAAGUCGAAAUCUACGAUGAAUUACGCAGUUACGCAGCCGAAUUCGAUCGCGAGGCAUUGGAAUUGCUAGACUAUUGCUACCGUCAAGACGAUGAUCUCGCCCAGCAAUUAUUGACCUGCGAAUUGUCCAAUUGGUCUCGUCAAACUUGCCUCAGGUUGGCCUUUGCAUGUCAUCAUCGUGAACUGUUGGCCCAUCCUUGUGCUCAGCUCAUCCUGGGCGACUUGUGGCUCGGUGGAUUGCGCACACGACGCUCAACCAACCUGAAAAUUGUGCUGGCCAUUAUUUGCCCGCCACUGAUUCUCCGUUUGGAAUUCAAAUCUAAAGAGGAGCUCCAGUUGAUGCCUCAAACUGAAGAAGAGCACAUGAUCGACCUGAAGGACGAAGGGCGCGACAACAAUACGAGCAGCGAUCAUUCCUCUUCCAAUUCGUCGUCGGCUUCUUCGUCUCCGUCCAGCUCGCCGAGAUCCGAACGCAGUGCCAGCAUGAGGCGCGUCAGUUUGGCCGACGGAGUUGAAAUGAACGCUGGUGGUGGCAGUAGUCAUCAUCGCCAGCGUCACCAUUCCGGCUCUUCUACUCCUGGAGCCACCAGUAACGUGCCAAUAGUCGAGAAAGAUGAGCUUAAUCAAGAGAACAACACCAGCAAAGAACAGAUAGUUUUUGAGGCUGUCGAUCCAGGUGUCAUUUACGAACGGCGCCGUAUGCGUCAGUUGCGCAUCAAAAGGAAAUUCUACGAGUUUUACGCAGCGCCCAUCACGAAAUUCUGGUCCUGGUCCAUGGCUUAUUUCAUUUUCCUCAUCAUUUACACGUACACGGUGCUGAUUCGGACGCCACCGACGCCCGAGUGGAACGAAUGUUACGUUAUCCUGCACAUGGCCAGCUUUGGCGGGGAGAAGGUGCGUGAAAUUCUGGCCAGCGAGCCGGUGAAGCUCAGCCACAAGAUAUCCGUUUGGGCUUCGAGCGUGUGGAAUUGUUGCGACGCCUUCUUUGUCAUCGAAUUUUUUAUCGCCAUGAUAUUUCGUCUCCAGAAAGACACACUGGAAAUCGGCCAUGUCCUCUACUGUCUCAACAUCGUCUUUUGGUACAUCCGAAUUUUGAGAAUUCUUCAAGUUUCUAAAUUUCUUGGACCGUUCGUGACGAUGAUUGGCCGCAUGUUGGAGAAGAUGAUCUAUUACAUCACGUUGAUGCUCGUGGUGCUCAUGUCUUACGGUGUUUUCCGCCAGUCGGUUCUCUUCCCACACGAAGAGUUUUCGUGGUUCCUGGUGCGUGACAUCUUUUUCAAACCGUAUUUCAUGAUUUACGGAGAAUUGUUUGCCGGAGAUAUCGAUCCUCCAUGCGGCAACGGAACCAAACCGGAUGGAUCUUUUGAUCCUGACAUGCCCCCUUGCGAAACCGGUCGCUGGCUCAAUCCACUCCUAAUGACAUGCUAUUUGCUGGUGGCCAAUAUUUUACUACUCAAUUUGCUCAUCGCCGUCUUCAACUCCAUUUUCCUGAGGACAAACGUCUUCUCACACCAAAUAUGGAAAUUCAAUCGUUUUAAUGUCGUCAUGGAGUACGAACAGAAGCCGGCCUUACCGCCACCCCUCAUCAUCUUCUCGCAUCUUUAUCUCAUUUUCAAAUGGUGUCGAAGAUGCUCUAAAGGAAUGAAAGAGUCGUAUGACUACGGACUAAAACUCUUUUUGGACAAGGACGAUCUUGAACGAUUGUACGAUUUUGAAGAAGAAUCGAUGGAAGGGCUGGUCCGCGAGAGAGAGGCCAAACAACAUCAGAGCACAGAUGAACGGGUCCGGUUGAUUGGAGAAAGAUUGGACGGUAUGGGGUCCAAAAUUGAAGAUUCCUACCAAAAAUCUGCCCAGCAUGGCGACAGCCUUCAAUCGCUUGACUUUCGCCUGAUAAGGCUCGAAGAAGUUUUGGAACAAACGAACGCUUCCCUGGCCGUAAUCCAUCGUUUCAUGUCGUUUCAAAGGAGCAUUCGAUCAACGGAUGGAGACCGCCAGCAAAUCUCUCCGACCAAAAACAGGCGCUCGUUCAAAUCGUCUCCAAACGUUGCCUUGCCUGCACCACCUUCUCAGCCGUUGACUGUCGAAGACUUCCGUCGGCAUCUAACAACAGUCGAUCCAUCAGUCGAUCGAAGCCGCAUGGGUGGUAGAAGAUCUAGCUGUGCGGCGUUCGAUCCGGAUGAUGAUGGCCAAACGAGUGUCAUGGCGAACCCCCCUCCUAUACAGAUACAUCAAGUGGUUGAACCACAAGAUUUAGCCAUGCUUCGAUCGCUAGGCAACACUGGAGGUAGCCAUCUACGACGACGAACGGUCAGCGAGACCUCCAAAGAUGGCGUUAGUAUUCUCCAAUCGAUGGAAUUCGACGCUGCUGCACGAGAAGGAUCUACUUUGUUUGAACCGCCGUUGGGCCGACAUUUAGUUCUUGGCCGUACGUCCAGCUCACCUUGGCCAGAUGUCCCACCGUCACCCAAGAGAGUUGACCGGAUAAAAGAGGAAGACGAUGAGCUGGGCACCACCACGUUAGCCAUAGCUUCGUACGAUUCGAGCGAGCGUUCCAUAAGUCAGAUGCUUAGUACGCCCGUCGAUGAUGGCGAUGAGGAACUGACGGAAGUCUUUGAACAGCAUGACAAUGACCUUCUAGAUGACACGAUGGUAGAUACCUGCAGCAAUGUCCUUUUAUUAGGACCGAGCACUAGCAGCUCGCCGCCGCAGUACCACCGAUCGUAUAGCGUUGGGGCAGGUGUAGUCAACCAGUCAGGUGGCGGUGCCGGCGUAGGUGGAGAAGGGCCGGGUAUGAAGCGCUCUCGCAAUUGGUCAGGCACCGAAGUUGGAUUCAGUCCGCGGGGUAGUCGCCGUCAGAAGCAUAGAAGUCCUCCACCGAUUGAAGACGACAAGAAAAUGUGUUCAGAUCAAACCAAUCAACCAGUACGACGGACGCGUUUGCAAUCAAUGCAUUCGUACUCACCACCAGGUACAGCCAUAACGGCAAUGGUAGAGCAACAACAACCGCCGCCGAAGAUCAACAUCAUUCCGGCUGGACAGGGUAUUCCGCGUAGUAAGUCAAAUGGGGCUGCACCUUCUAGGCUAUCCGCGAACAAACAUCCACCUGCUGCUGCUAAAGUGGAAGCCGAAGCCGAGCAUCUGCGUGAAAUUGAAGGACAAGAUUAUCAAAUGAUGGAAGGCAUUAUUCGUCGUCGACUUCAUCGCGAUUCAGAAGACCUGGACAAUUCAUUAGAGGAUUUGUGUAAUGUACCGAUUCCACUGGAAGAGGCUCUGGACAGCUUCGAUGAAUCUCCGGAAAUUGAACGAGAGGCCAUCAAUUUCAUAGUGGGAGAAUCGCUUGUGGAACAUUCAGGACAGGAGGACAAACAACAACAAGCGAAGCAGCCCAUUUUAAAGGUCAAAUCGAGUAGCGAACCACCACCCGAUGGUCACAAGUCAAAGACACUAUCUCGUCCCGUCGUAAAGAUAGGGACCAACAAUUCAUCCCCAGAAGACCAGGAAGUGAUUAAUUUGACCCGUUCCGCCAACCUUCUCGCCAUGCCAUGCAGUCAAUUGAGGCCGGAGGAAGAUGUAACUAUUAUCGUCGAAGACGAAUGUUGAAGAAAAACAACGAGGACAGACGCAGCCAAAUAAAAAUUUCUAUUUACUAAAUGAGGCGUGCGUGCUUCGGAAGUUACCGGACUUGGUGUUUUUAAAAGUCUCUUAGCUUAAAUGUUUCCGUGUGUGCCAACUCCCAUUUGCGUGUACGCCACUCAUUCUUAUUAUUUUUUAGCAAAAUUUUGUUAAGUUGUUUGGUCAGUGUCGUUCGCAGUCCACAGUGUAAUAUUUUGAACCUUUUACCAAACCAAUGUUAGAUCUUGAACCAAUUUGAUGAAAUCCCCUCCCCUCCUCUGAAACAUGGUGUUUAGAUCAUUUUCUUUUAAUUCAUUAGAAGUACCUUACGUUAGGACGGUUUUGUUAAAAAAAAAAGCAAAAAACAAAACAGUAUUUUGGCUGUAGUUCCCGGUGCGCGCGCAAAUAAACUGAUUUUGCUGGUUUGACAUACACCAGUUAGUAGA